AUGCAUAUUCUCAAGAUCGUCUCCCUCGCUACGGCGCUUGUGCCCACGGCACUCGCUCAAUACUACUUUGGCACGACCCUCCCCACCUCCACCGCGGCCGACGAGUACCUAUCCGCCCAUAUCCUCAGUAUCCCGAGCACCGUCACCGGCUCCCUUGCCACCUCCCUCGCCACCGCACUCUACAGCGUCGACCAAAAGUACUUCAACGACAAGGAAUGGACGACCGUCUACUCCCACAUGUGGUCGGCUGCCGCCAAGGCCACCAACGCCCCCGACGUCGUCGCCUCCAUGGCCGUCGAGGGCUAUAGCCUUCCCGACCUGCAGGAGCUGGACUGGUGGAAAGACAACGUGCCGGACAAGGAUGACAAGUGGGCUUCGUCCUACGUCUCGGACUGGCAGAAUGCGUGGCAGGACAUCGCGGCAACCCAGACCUCCAAGGGCGGCGCACCGAAGUGCACCGGUAUGGCAAUUGCCGGUGUUGCGGCGGGAGUCGCCGCUGGCGUCAUGAUAGCGAUCUAA